CUCCCACGCGCUUUGGCCAGGCUUAUUUAACACAGCCAACUGCAGUUGGGAUUCUCGGAUUACCACUACCGGACUCUACGCAAAGUAAUAGAAACUAUUUCUUUGGUUUGAACUAUGCCAAAGCGGAAAGCCGCGUCGAAAUUGUCCGGAUUAGUAGAUGAUGACUUGGAGGACGACCUUUUGAUGAAUGGCGGCGGAGAACACACCCACGAUGAAGCCACGGAUACCGCUCCGCCCCCUACAAAAAGGGCAAGACCUGGAAGACCGAGAAGCGCUGCAGCCAAAGCCACAACUGCGGCGAAACCUAGUACCCGCAAAGCUCGCUCGACUGUUAUCGUAGGACCAAAACGAGGUCGUCCUGCUAGAGGUACGACGACCCGCAGAGGUCGCAAAUCACCUGGAGACACCGAAGAGGCCCACGAGACUGUGGAUACUAGCUUUUCCAAAGAAAGCGACCAGGAGAAGUAUUUGGACGACGAGCCACAGCCAGAGCCAGAGCAGCCAUCGCAUGAUGAGCUUAACUCUCCAGAAACAACAGCGCAUGGUGGCACUCGAGCGGGUGGUCGGACGAAAACUGGAGCUCAACAAAAGAAAGCGCCUGGCAAACGCGUGACUAUAGAUGACGGAUUUGAGUAUACCCCGAUGGGAUCGCGUCAUCCCAAACCAAGUAAACAACCCACGGAAGAGAAACCUGCAAUCAAACCUGUGACGCGACGCAAGAAGCCUGAGGUUGAACCAGAGAUUGAAGAGCAGCAGCAGGAGGAAGUGGAGGAAGAGGAGGAAGAGGAGGAAGAGGAGGAAGGGGAGGAAACGGAGGAAGCGGAGCAAGCGGAGGAGCCUGCUUUACCGGAAAACCAUUACCUGCCUGCACGAUCUAUAUCUCGUUCUCCCAUCAAAGGUCCCGCCAACGGCCACUUACAAUAUAAAACACCCCAGACAGCCAACCAACGGCGUAAAGCUACGGGAGCCGUAUCGGAUCUUGAGAAGGGCGACAGUGAAGCGACUUUACGGAGGAAGCUAGGAGAUAUGACGAAAAAAUACGAGAAUAUGGAUAUGAAGUAUCGAAAUCUGCGUGAGGUGGGGAUUCUCGAAGCCAAUUCCAACGUGGAGAAGCUACGGAAGCAAUGCGAGGCGAAUACUGCAGCAUCCAAUGAGUUAAUUGCCUCGCUAAAGAAAGAACUCGCCACGCAAACCACCCUAGCCAAAGAAUCACGCACCCUUCAAAAACAGCUGCAGGACCGGGAUGACGAGGUUGCCGAGCUGGAGGCCAAAAUCAAACACUUGAACUCUGGCUUGACCGAUGCCCAAAACGAGAUAAAGGCCCUCCAGAUGAAGUUGGCCGCCUCACGAACCGCAGCAACAAAUCUGGAAUGUGUUACAGGUUCCAAAGGCCCUGGAAGCGCUGCCAAAGUUAACAGCGGCGGCGUUUCACGAUCGAUCAUGGGCAGUGCGGAAGCUGCCCAUGCUGCUCAGAUAGCCCAGCUAAAGGAAGACCUAUACAGUGAUCUCACAGGCCUUAUUAUUCGUGACGCUAGGAAACGAGAGUCUGAUCACUUGUAUGACUGUAUACAGACAGGGAUGAAUGGAACACUACACUUCAAACUCGCAGUUGCGCACGAUUUGGAAAACACGAGCUUUGAAGCCGCAGAGUUCCACUAUUUCCCCCUUCUGGACCCCAACCGCGAUCGUGAUUUGGUUGAUAUUCUCCCCGAGUACCUAUCUAUAGAUAUAACCUUCCCACGGCAACAUGCCUCGGUGUUUUAUAGUCGGGUGGUGGAUACGCUUACGAAGAAAUCGAGACGGACAGAUGAUUAGGAUUUGGAGCUGUGACAUCUAUUAUCAUCCCUUUUUAUUUUAUCUUUAUCUUUUAUUUUAUUUUUUUAUUUUUCCAAGAUCAUGCAGGACAUUUACAUACACAUUUGAGCAAAUCCGCUCAAAUCAUUAACAUUUUUAAGGAGCAUAAGACCUUUGUACUUUUAACCAAGAUGUUGAGCGAGAGCGCGCGUGUUUCUCAGUUGUCAUUUUGUUGUUACUAGCGGCGUGUACCCGUUGAUAUUUUGACUAAGUUGUCUCUGUUUGAACAUUGUCUAGAUACACAAUACUUUUGAAUCUCUAACUACUCUCAUUAUAAGAGUUCUAUGGAAGCAUUCGUGUCAUGUAAAUGCUCUUCUCGUAGCAUUGAACGUGGUUGAAG